CUUAGCCGGGAGGUGGGUGCCGGAGGUUCGAGCGGUGACAUCGCGGUGCUGGAGCUGCGAGCGGUCGGCUCAGCUCGGUGGGAUCGGCAGAGAGGGGCGUCGAGCCCAGCCCGGCACCGCCGCGAUGCCUUCCGGACCCCCCCAUGCUACAGCCAGUGGUUCGGGGCACCGGUGAGCCCUAUGGGGGCUCCCCUCCCUCCUCCCCCGCGGACGCUAUGCGGACCAUGAGCCCCCUGCCCCUCUUUUUACUGCUGCUAUGGGAUUUCCUGGACCUGGCACUGGCCUACCUGACAGUCAGCAUCGAGCCGCUGCCGCCUGUAGUGGUGGGUGACGCUGUGACACUGAAAUGCAACUUCAAGACGGAUGGAAAGAUGCGGGAGAUCGUCUGGUACCGGGUCACUGAUGGCGGCACAAUCAAGCAGAAGAUCUUCACUUUUGAUGCAAUGUUCUCCACCAAUUUCUCACACAUGGAGAACUACAGAAAGAGGGAGGACCUGGUCUACCAGUCCACAGUGCGCCUCCCCGAGGUUCGCAUUUCGGACAAUGGCCCCUAUGAGUGUCACGUCGGCAUUUAUGACCGAGCCACACGGGAGAAGGUGGUCCUGGCGUCUGGUAAUAUUUUCCUCAAUGUGAUGGCUCCGCCAACAUCUAUCUCAGUGAUUGCUGCUGACACACCAGCGCCCUUCAGCCGCUACCAGGCACAGAACUUCACCUUGGUGUGUGUAGUGUCCGGUGGCAAGCCUGCCCCACUGGUAUAUUUCAAGCGCGAUGGGGAGCCCAUUGAGGCCACUCCGCUGCCAGAGCCACCAGCUGCCACUGGGAACUGGGCACCUCGCAACCUCCUACACCGUGACCUGGAUGACACCAAGGUGCCCCAGUUGCUGGCCGAGGGAGAAAUGGGGGGCGGGCCCCCCGACACCGCAGAACCCCCGCGGGGGCUGACAGCUGAGCGGGGUCCCACCACUGAAGCCAUCCCCGAAACUGUGGUGAGCAGGGAGUUCCCACGCUGGGUGCAUGUGGCGGAGCCCAUUUACUAUUUCCGCCACACACACGUGCCCAUCAGUGAUGGCACAGUGGAGGCACGGGCCACCCUCACCUGGACCCUCAACCCCCAAAUUGACAACGAUGCGCUCUUCAGUUGUGAGGUGAAGCAUCCGGCGCUCUCCAUGCCCAUGCAGUCAGAGGUGACUCUCGUUGCUCCCAAGGGCCCUAAAAUCAUCAUGACCCCAGUGAGAGCACGGGUUGGAGACACUGUUCGGAUUUUGGUGCAGGGCUUUCAGAACGAAGUCUUCCCUGAGCCCCUCUUCACAUGGACCCGUGUGGGAAGCCGGCUCCUGGAUGGCAGUGCCGAGCACGCCGGGAAGGAGCUGGUGCUGGAGCGCGUGCCAGCUGAGCUCAAUGGCUCCAUGUACCGCUGCACUGCACAGAACCCACUGGGUUCCACUGACACCCACACCCGCCUCAUUGUCUUUGAAAAUCCAGAUAUUCCCCGAGGAACAGAGGACUCCAAUGCUUGCACCCUUCCCAACUUUUCUUCUUUGGGUUUUGUACUAUGUGGUGUUCUUCUAUGGAUUAUUACUGCCAUAGCAGAAGCGGACGUGUUUCUGUGGAGAAAACCAGGAGCAGAAUAGUGGAUUCCAAGGUCAGACUGGGCCAUAUGUUUUUUUCUUAGCAUUACAGACACACCACUCAGUAAUUCUGGUGGAAAUGGAGGGCCCAUGUCGCAUCUCCACUCCCAAACCCUUGGUCUUGCACUAAGACACUCAUUCCUUGACACCGUUUACCUCCUACAUAAAGAAAAGGGCAGAGUACAUCGGCAAAAACAAUCAUUUCAGUGAAUUUCAUCCAAUUUACAGUCUGACACUUGGUUCUA